AUGCACCAAUUUAAACAAUGGCUCUUACCUAUUAAGAAUUUCUUUUUGAGUAGUUUUUCUGAAACUUUUUAAUUGUUGCUCUCAAAUUUUUUAGGAGAUUAUUUGGAAGAUCCUAGAUAACUAAAUAUAUUUGCUUUAAUUCAAGGAAUAGAUAAAUUGUAAUUAAAUAUAAAAUACAUUAAUCAAUUCUUAGGUUGUAACCCAUUUACUUUUGAAGAUGCUUAUAUUUGUAAGUUUUCAAUUUUAUUGAUUAAGAAUCCCUUAAAGUAACAAAUCUAAAGUUAGAAGCUGAAAAAAUAACAAUUAUUUUAUCCUUAAAAGAGAGAUCUGAAGAAGAAUUAAAUUAAUAUUUACAGAAUUUAUAAGAAGUUAGGUAGCAUGAGCUUGCAAAAUUAAAUUAUCUUUAAAAAUUAAGGAAAGAAAUGUAUAAAAGAAAUGAUUAGGAAUCUGUUAAUGAUUAGCUAUAAAAUUCUAAAUCUCAAUCAGGGUUACUAAAUUUUUUAAGAUUGACUGAUACUCUUUUUAGUAAUUCUUCUAUUUCAUUAAAAAAUAUAGAAAUUAUUUUGAAAUUUGAACAAGAUGUUCAAUUUGCAUGUUUAAUUCAUGGAAUUAAUAUUGAAUUAGAAAAAGCAGAUUCCACGUAUAAAUUUUAUUUUAUUAUUAGCAAUCUAUUAUUUAUAACGACGAUUAUUGAUUUGAUAGAAUUAAAGCUAAAAAACGAAAAUAUUGCACUUAUAGAAAAGGCUAUCAAAUUAGGUAUGAUUCUUGAAACAUCUGAAAAUAAUAAAGUUCAAUUAAAAAUAAAUGCUAAAGUUUCUUCACUUGAUAUUUUGUUAAAUAAAAAAUAGAUUAAGAUUUUAUUAAAAUAAUUUUUAAAUUAUCAAUCAAAAAUAGAUGAAAUCAAUAAGGCAAUAAUUAAACAAUAAAACUAAAAAUAAAGUAUAAUAAAUACAUCAAGUUAAAUCUAAAAUAAAAAUGUUUUUGAAAUAAAAGAUUUAGCAUCUUUAAAUAAUGAUCUUUCAAUGUCUUUGGAUUUAAAUUCAUUAAGUAAUUGUUAGUCAUAAGAAAUUUUUUAAAGUAUAAAUAUAGAAAAUAAUUAAAAUUUUUAGAUUAAUUCAAACAUAAAGGAUUAAAAAGAAACUUUUAAAUGUUUUUUUUAAGGUAUAAAACUUGCAAUAUGUGAAUAAACUAAUUAAUUUCCUUUAGAGAGGGAACGAUUCUUUCAAGAUCUUGAAUCUCAUUUUUUUAUUGAAAUUGUUGAUAUCUAUACAGAGUCUUAUUAAAGAUGUUUUAAUUUAUACGUUAAAAGAAUGGGGGCAUACAGAAUUAAACUAAAUAAUCCUCCUUUUCCAUUUAAUAAUCGUUCUAGAUCUUCAAGUAUUUCAUAAUAAAAUUCAGAAAUAUUUUAAAGUUGUAAACCUAUCUAAAAAUAAGAUUUUCUUGUGACCCCUGUUGUUUUAUUAGGAUUACAUUAAAUUUAAAAAUUAGAGUAUGAAUAUUCUGUUUAUAAUUUUGAGUAAUUAAAAGAAUAAAUAGAUUAUUGCUAAAAAGCAAUUAAUUUAAAUAUCUAAUUAUUAAAGUGUAAAGAUAAAAAAUAUUUUUACUAAGUUAAUGCUGAUUUUUCUUAAGUAAUUGUUUCAUUUAGACAUGAAUCGAUAAUCAAUUUAAUGGGUUAUAUACCUUAAAAAAAGAUAUAAAAAUUACCAAAAAAUGAAAAAAAUACAAUUAAUUUGAUUGGAUUAGUAAUAAAUAUACCUGAUUUAAGAAUCAGUUAUUUAAUAAAUGAACAAACACCUACUUUUACAUUCAAAUAAAUAACUUUAAAAUAAAAUCCUACGAGGGCAAUUUAACUCAAAACAUGUUCAAUAGAAACAUUUGAAGAAAUUUAAUAUUUUGAAAAUCCAAAAUAAUUCAUCAUCAUUACUUUUAAUUUAUUUGAAUCAAAAUUUUAAAAUUAAAGUAUAAUUAAAAUUGAAAAAUAAAUUAUUAAUGAAUUUGAAUAAUUCCCAACAAUUUAUUUAGCCUUCAAAGAAAGUCAACCUAUCUAAUUGUAAGAAUUAAUUGAGCCAGAAAUUGUAUUUAAUUAGAAGAAAUAAUUAUGCGAAAAAAUAAUAAAUUUUUAAUUUCCGAAUGUGAAAUUUUUACUCUCAGAAACAUUUUUUAAAUGGUUGAUAACAUUAAAGGAAUAUUUAAUAAAGUAAGAAAAAAAACCUAAAUAUAUAAAAAAAAAUUAGAUAAAAGAUUUUAAGAAUUUUUUUUAAUUUAACAUAAAUGUAUUCUCCAUAAGAAUUUAAGAUGAUCUUUAGGAUGACUUAAUUUAUUUAAAACUUGAAAAAGUAACUGCAAUAUAAGCUGAAUCUAGAAUGAUUUUAAUUCAAGAAAUCUUAGCCAUUGAUUGCUAAAGUCCAAUACCUUAAAAAGGAGAUUAGGUAUAUUAGAAUUUCAUAUCUGCUCAAGUUAUGUUAUACAAAGUGAACAAUGAAAUAAAUUAAACAGAAAAUAACAUUAAGAAUGAUAAAAUUAGAAUCUAAACCAACCCAAUGAAAAUAGAUUAUGGAAAGUAUUCAAUUUAAGUUUAUAUUAAUCAAAAUAUAAAUAUCAAGUUUAAAAAUCUAUGUUUAAGAAUACCAGAUUUUAAAUUUAAAACGAUUAAAAAAUUAGAACCUUUUAUUUAAUAUUAUCGAGAGAUUGAUGAACAGAUGUAAGAAAAUUUCCUGAGUACAGCUUAAUUUAUUCAAGAAUAUUAGAUGGAAUAAGCGGAAAUGAUAAUAAUUUUAGAAAAAGAUAUUUUUAUUGAUGUUUAUCCAAUGAUUGUUGUAGAAGCAUUUUCAGAUUUACAUCAACUUUAAAAUUAAUUAGAAUAUACAAAUUAUAGAUUAAUUCUUAAAGUAAAUGAUGCAAAAAUUAGUUCUGUUAUAGAAUUAAAUAGCAUAGAUGUAUAUUUUGAUGGACAAUUAGGAAUUGAAAAGUAAUUUCCAUUAAUUUUGAAUGGGUUUUUUGAUAAUAGGCCUCAUAUAUUGUAAUUAGGAGCUCAAGUAUAAGUUAGGAAUGUAGCAUAUUAAGAAAGAAAUAUUAGAAUAGAUCAAAUUAUUGGAAACCUUAAAUAUGACACUAUUCAAACAAUUAUAGAAUUUAUCAAUGUCAUAUCUAAAUUAAUACAUAAAGAUAAUUUAAAUUAUUCUGAGACUUAAUAUGAAAUCUCCUAUGAUUUAAAUUAGUAACUCAUCCCUUAGUAGAUUAUUGAGAAAUGUUAUUAAGUUAAUGUAGGAUAAAUAAUAAUAGAAUUAGAACAAGGUACUACAUAUUAUGAAACUGAUAUAAUAUAUGAUGAUGAUAAACUUGAUGAUUAAUUUUUAUCAAACCAAAAUUCAGAUAAAAUUUGUAUCAAUUUAACAAAAUGUUAUGCUAAUAUUGAAAUGUAUAAAGAAGGCUAAUUAGGGAUUAAAUAUAAAUCUAAUUUAGAAAUUAAUGAUAAGAUAUCUGAUUCUUGUUUUAAUUUAAUUUUAAGUUCUGAUUUUGAAGAAUUUAAUUUUGAAGAUAAUUCACCUCCAUUACAAUUUGGAUUAAUUUUAGAAAAUCAAGCUUAUACUGGAUUUGUUUCAUUGCUACCUAUGAGAAUUUGCAUAUCAGGAUCGCUUCUUUAAUUUAUAUUCAAUUUUAUGUCUAAUAAUAAAAAAAAUGAGAAUAUAAUAGAUUAAGAUAAAAUAGAUAUUAUUUAAGAAAUUCCAAUUAUUUGGUUAAAAAAUUUAAAAAUUGAUUAAACAAGUUUUAAUAUUACAUAUGAUUCAUCAGGAUUAAACUUUGAUGGUUUAUUCAAAGGUUUAUUAAAAAUAAGUUCCUUUUGUAAUUUAUAAAUACCUUUUAAUUAUUUAGAAAUUUAAUGUAAAGGAGAUAAGGAAUAUGUUAAAUAUUAAAUUAUUGAAAAGAUUUCAUAAAAUUUUGGAUCAAAAUAUUAAAUUGCAGGUAAGGCUUUGUAAAGUUUAAAUGCAUAUAAUUAAAUAAAAUCUUUUGUAUUGAGUAUAAAGAAUUUGUUCUAAAGUACUUUUGAAGAUGGAGGUUUAGAAAAAAGUAGAAUAGAAUUGUAAAGAUCAAUAAAUAAUGCUUUUGAAAAUUUAAAAUAAAUAAAAUAUGGGUAAGAGAUCUUAAAUAAUAUCACAUUUUCAUCUUUACCUUCAAGAUUUCUUAAAAAAUAUUGA